ACCUGCGAAAACCAACCCCACGUGAUCCUCGUGCCUGGACCACCACCACUGCAACCAUCUUCUUCUUCUUCUUCAUACCUUACUCUUCCAACCCAAACCCAUUAACCCUAUUUUGUUACACCCCCGGCGUACGUUAGCCCGCACCACUGAACACUCUCACCUCCCUCCUCCUUUUUCUCUUUCUCUCUCAGCAGCGGCACCACCAGCACCAAAUCCCUAAAAGAUGCCAACCACCCCCAACUCCAUUUUCUUCAACCCCAAGCCUUCCUGAUUCACCAAGGAACAUCAGUUUCAGCCACAAUUUCAUGUCAAUUUCAAUUUCAAUUUCAUUUUGAUUUCAUUAAAGCGCAAUGAUGGGCUCUGAGAACCAGAGCUCCGAGGUUUCAGAACCCACAGAGCAAAUGCACAACCUCGUACUCCACGACGAACACGACAACGACAAUAACGACCACAACGGCGACGAUCCCCUCGGCAUCAAAUCGUACUCCAACUACCGCAGUGCCAUGUCCACCCUUUCCGACACCCACCACCCUCUCGCCGACACCGAUCCCCUCUUAUCGCCGCCGUCGCCCCGCCGCCACCACUUCCCUGACACCUCCUCUUACAUCGACCCUCCUUCCUAUAACGACGCCGUUUUCAGCCCCUUCAACGGCGCUGCUUCCUCCGUCGAUAGCCCCUCCGGUAGCUCCGACAGCCCCUCCUUCUCUGGAUCUCGUUCCCCGACCUCGGAGUACAUAAAGAUCACCGUGUCGAACCCUAUCAAGGAGCAGGAGAAUUCCAAUUCCAUCGUUCCCGGCGGUAACAGCUAUGUUACCUACUUGAUCACGACGAGGACGAACGUGCCAGAGUUCGGAGGGAAUGAAUUCGGAGUCCGGAGAAGGUUCCGGGACGUGGUCACGCUUUCCGACAGACUGGCAGAGUCGUACCGGGGCUUCUUCAUCCCACCAAGACCAGAUAAAAGCAUAGUGGAGAGCCAGGUUAUGCAGAAGCAGGAGUUUGUGGAGCAGAGGAGGGUGGCCCUGGAGAAGUACCUGCGGCGACUUGCAGCACACCCCGUGAUAGGAAAGAGUGAUGAGUUCAGGGUGUUCCUGCAGGUUCAGGGGAAGCUCCCAUUACCAACGACUACUGAUGUGGCGUCGAGGAUGCUGGACGGUGCGGCAAGGCUUCCCAAGCAGUUGAUGGGGGAAAGUGUGAUUGGGCCACAGGAGGUUGUGCAACCCGCGAAAGGGGGAAGGGAUUUUAUGAGGCUGUUUAAGGAGUUGAAGCAGUCGAUGGCCAAUGACUGGGGAGGUUCUAAGCCGCCAGUUGUGGAGGAAGAUAAAGAGUUCCUUGAAAAGAAGGAAAGGAUUCAAGAGCUUGAGCAGCAGAUCACUAAUGCAUCUACACAGGCUGAAUCACUUGUCAAAGCUCAGCAAGAUAUGGGAGAAACCAUGGGUGAACUAGGGUUGGCAUUCAUAAAACUGACUAAAUUUGAGAAUGAGGAAGCUGUCAUGAACACGCAGAGGGUACGGGCUACGGACAUGAAGGGUUUAGCAACAGCUGCUGUCAAAGCUAGCAGAUUCUAUCGAGAAUUAAAUGCUCAAACAGUGAAGCAUUUGGAUACACUUCACGAAUAUCUUGGAUUGAUGUUGGCUGUCCAUGGCGCAUUCUCAGACCGUUCAAGUGCAUUAUUGACAGUGCAGACUCUCCUAUCAGAACUAUCCACCUUGCAGUCUAGAGCUGAAAAACUUGAAGUGGCAUCAUCCAGAGUUUUUGGGGGUGACAAAUCAAGGAUGCGGAAGUUAGAGGAGCUACAAGAUACCAUAAAAGUUACUGAAGAUGCUAAAAACGUGGCAAUUAGGGAAUAUGAGCGGAUCAAGGAGAACAAUAAGAGUGAACUUGAAAGGCUUGAUAGAGAGAGGCGAACAGACUUCUUAAACAUGUUGAAAGGAUAUGUUGUUAGUCAGGUGGGGUAUGCUGAGAAAAUAGCAAAUGUAUGGACAAAAGUUGUUGAAGAUACUGGUGGAUAUGUGAAAGAAAGCACUUGAUAACUGUGGCUGUAAUUUUAAAUGUUCAUCUUUUAUUCAUUUAUGUGCCACAAUCUGGAAAUACAUUUGUACCUAUGACCAAUAAACUAAAAGGAAGCACUCUCAGGUUUCUAGGUUCUCUGUCACACUUGUACUCCUCAGUUCUUACAACCUUUCUUACACAUCAGUUAAAGGCAUUCUUGAUGUUGUAAAUUCGCCUUUCUUGUUUUGUGGUUGACUGAAUGCAGGUUUUGCAAUUUUUUCCCCUUUUCUUUAAGCUGUGCAAUAUGAUUUUUUUUUAUC